AUGUUCAAAGUCGGUGGGUGGCUCAAGGGCCAUACGCCUGGGCAUUCGAAGAGUCUGGACUCUUUAGAUGAGUUUGCACAGAGUGAGGCUUGUGGUAUUCCUGUUAACUUUAUCAUGGCCGACGAUAUCGAAAAUGCCGAAAUUCACCUUAACAAGGGCAGUUCGCCAUUUCACCAGCUCGGAGCUGGUGUAUGUGUCUUCAUAAGGGCAACGUUGGGUUUUGAACCGGAAAUCGUCCGCGAAGCCGCCAAUGCCUUGUAUGUAGCCGAAAACUCAGCCUACGAGCAACAUCGACGCGCUAGCAAAGACCCAAACUCGUAUCGGUCGUCGAUCUACCCCCCGGGUACUGAAUAUGUGGUAUGCAUGGCGGAAGCACAGUUGAUGAGUGCGGUUGUGGGCGUGCUCAACGAGAGUUUGACCGAGGCCAUCAAGAGUUUCUACAAGCUGAGAAAAGCAUAUAUUGCGUUGGAGGGUGUGAUACAGAAUGAGAAGAACUUCCUCAAGGAAAGAAGUACAAGCAGUCUCAACUCGGCAGGGUCGGCUGCUGCAUCUGCAAACGCAUCUGCCGCAGGCUCGACGUCCGAUCUCAAACAGACUACGACGAUUACCCCGGAGACAAAAAAGGCCGCAAACGACGACAACGACGAUGAUUUUGAAUUUGUGGACGCUGCAGAAGACCGACCGGACGUUGUCACACCUUUGGAAUAUACAGGCCACAUCAAUGUCCCUGUUGACAAGAAUGCUUUAGUGGAAUUGGAAAGUGCUCAAAACAGUGUUGACGUGAAAUCUAGUUCGGCACCGGAUCUGCCUGCGGCGGGAGAAACAUCGUCUUCCUCAAUGCCAAACGCCAUCGAAUAUUUUGAGCAGCUCACACUAAGCGAUGAGGGCGAGGACAUUGCUUCCUUUAGUAAUCAUCCAGUAGAUACGUUUGUUCUGUCUGGAUCCAACUUUUGUUUUGGAAUGUUACUACUCAUUCUCUCAUUUAUACCGCCCUCGUUUGCUACCUUGCUGAAAGUGGUCGGCUUCAAGGGUGACCGGGAUCGAGGCAUGAGGAUGCUGUGGCAGGCGACCAAGUUUCACAAUAUCCAUGGGGCUAUGGCUGGUGUGGUCCUGAUGGGAUAUCUAAAUGGGUUUACAAACUUUUGCGACAUUCUCCCAUCGCAAGGUGAGGGCGCAUAUCCCAAGGAGAAAUGCAAGGCUUUGCUCCGCUAUAUGCGCGAGAGAUAUCCUCAGAGUCAUCUGUGGCUUCUCGAGGAAUCACGAAUGCUGGCAUCUGAGAAAGAGCUCGAAAAGGCUGUUCAAUUCAUAGCUGAGGCAGGCGAGACAAAGCUCAAACAGCUCGAGGCCCUGAGCUGGUUCGAACGUAGUCUCAACAACAUGUACAUGCACGACUACGAGGCCGCUGCCGCUGGGUUCGAGAAAUGCGUUACCCUGAACAACUGGAGUCACGGACUAUACUACUACAUCAUUGCCGCCUCCUACAUCGAACUGUACCGCAAAAACAAGACCACAAACCCCACCGAAGCAAAGAAGUACGGCGAAAAGGCCGAAGAAAUCAUGCAAAAGGUAAUUCCUAACACGGGCAAAAAGAAGUUCAUGGCCCGCCAACUCCCCUUCGACGUCUUCGUCAGCCGCAAGAUCCAGAAAUGGGAAGCCCGCGCCAAAGAAUGGAAGUGCGCCCUCAUCGACGCCGUCGGCAUCUCCCCCAUUGAAGAAAUGAUAUAUUUCUGGAACGGCUACAAACGCAUGCGCAACGACCACCUCACCGGCUCGCUCGCCAACCUUGCCUGGAGCGAAUCCCCCGCCAACCCGUACUGGGACAAGGAGAGCAUUGACGAGAAAGCCAUACUGCAUGUUCUCCGCGCUGCUACGCUACGCAAUAUGGGGCAGCCGGCUGAAGCCAAGGCUCUUCUUGAGAAGGAAGUGUUGUCGGUGGAUCGCACGCUGCUGACUGGGGGACUGAAAGACAAUUGGACAGCGCCGUGUGCACGGUACGAAAUGGCGGCGAGUAUAUGGCGCGAGGCGGAUGCAGAGGGCCAUCCUGAGGGGCAUGUUGAGGCGUUGGGGCAGUGUAGGGAUUGGUUGGAUGAAGUUACGAAGUGGGGAAGUUAUGACUUAGAUGCCAGAAUCGGAAUCAGGAUUACGACUGCGAAGGAGACGCUGAGGAAGUACGGGAUUCAGUGUUGA